AUGAGGGGCGCUCUGGCGGAAGGGGGAAAAGGGGAGGCGAGGUGGGUGGAGAGGGGGAAAGGGUGGGAGCGAGGAGGGGGGGUAGGAGGGGGAAGGGGUUGUAGCGCAGCGGCCGUCCGUCGUAUCCUGCUUUCUAACCGUCUCCCCCCUCCUCUCCCACACUCCCGCCUCACUUCCCACCCUCCUCUUACCCCCCCUCCCCCCUUUCCCCAUGCUCUCCCCCGCCUCACCCUUCUCGCCCCCACUUCCCCCCGCUUUCCGCCUCCCCCACCUCCCCCCUUCCCCCCUUUUUUUUCCAUGGGUGCGAAUCUCAAAGGAGCGACGAUCCUAUUGGUCAACGGCACCAUCCCCGUCUCCUUCUCCGCACUCUCCGCGCCCCUCGCGCUCGGCGGUUACUCCCUCACCAUAGCCGCAGGCUCGCUCUCCUCCCCCUCCCCCACGCCCCCCGGUAAAAUCACAUCCAAGCCUCUUAUCAACUGCAAGAACGGGCCCUGCCUGAGCGCCGUUUGUGCUACUAACGGGGGUGCUGCUGGAGGUGGUGCUCCUGCUGUGCCGUGCGCGCAGGCGAGUGUGACUAUACAGGGGGUCGCUGUAAUGAGCGGGCUGAACAGGCAAGCCGGAGGGGGUUGCUUGGAAGCGGCGAACCAGAAGGUGACUCUAACGAGCGUCGAUUUCGCGAGCUGCAUCGCGUACCUGAACGGUGGCGCUGUCUCCAUAACGUCAUCCAAGGAUGUGACUAUGGCGGGUGUGACUGUGUUCGACUCAAAGGUCACCCAAGGGGGCAUCGAUGGUGGUGGCGGCGGCAUUGCCAUCUUCUCGUCCAAGGCAACACUCUCGGGUCUGGACAUUCAGUCAUGCCACGCGGACGAGAGCGUGGGGGGCGGAAUCGCCAUCUACUCUACCACCCUCUCCCUCUCCUCCUCCUCCAUCUCCGAGUGCUCCUCUCGCUUCCUGGGCGGCGGUCUCGCCUCCUCCUCCUCCACUCUCACACUCAAAUCCGUCCAAAUCACAAGCACCAAUGGCAGCUCCGGGGGGUGCUUAUCCGACGCCUCCUCUCCCUCUCUUUCUGUCCAGUCCUCCACUUUUUUCGGGUGUUUCGCUGCAUCGGCCCGGGAUUACGCCCCUUAUAGCGACGACCCGUCGUACGGUGGCGGAUUUUUCCUUAACGGAACAGUGUCUACUGUAGUUCUAGACUCCACUAUAGACUCUACCACGUCUGUCUAUGGCGGAGGAGGGAUCUACGCCAUGGGCACGAGCUCGAUCUCGAUCCAACGGUCCACAAUCACCCGCUGCACGAAUUACAUGGAGAGCGGGACGGGGAUUGGUGUGGAUUGCUGGAGCCUGGAAACAACUGGAAGCGUGGAGUUAAUCGAUAGUAAUAUCCUGGAUAAUACAGGGUAUGCCGCGGUUAACCUGGGUGUCGGGGUGUAUUUAUGGAAUGUCAAUGCGGUGGUGCGCGGUUGCAAUAUCUCGGGGAACAACGGGCUGAUGACGGAGGGGCUUAAAGCCCAGGGAGGAGGGAUCAGCACAAACGUGUAUAACAAGCUGGACGUGACGUUUGAGCUCUCCAACUCCACCGUCAGCAACAACUGGGCGUACAUGGGCGGGGGUCUCUACAUCGCAUCACCUGCAGCCACCAUUAGCAACGUCACCUUUGGCUACAACUAUGCAGUGGCUUCAGGAGGCGGAGGUGAGUCUCUCUGCUCCAGGCUUGAGAACUAG